UACAAACUUCAAGAUGGAAAAACCUUCUUUAAUAACUUGAGGGCGCGAAAAGCGCGGGCUGGCCAGCGAGCAUUGCAUGUUCCCACUAAAACCCUGUGAGAAGUCGCCUGGAAAUCCGCACGGGCAGCGGCGGCGAGCGGGCGAAGCCCAACCCGGCCCCGCCCGUGUCCGGCGGCGGCGGCAGCGCUGGGGCCGGGCGUUAACGCGCCCCGCUCCGCCCCGGGGCCGCCUCCGCGAGGCGGAGCGGAACGGAGCGGAGCGGAACGGAGCGUAACGGAGCGGAGCCGCCUCCCGGCUGCUCUCGGCAUGGAGGACGCGCACCGGGCCGCCCGCCUGGCCGCCUCCUGCCUCCGCACGCCGCUCGACCCGCGCACACGGGCGCCCGCCGCGCUCUACGAGCGGGGACCGCCGCCCGCCGCCGCGCAGGAUGGCUUUGACUUGGAUUCAAAUACCAAGAGAGAGCAGGCCUCCCCUCCAAAGAGAGACAAGUGGACAGACUUUUCCAAAAUGCACAAUUCAAAUCAGGAGUAUUACUUGAAGCUGGAAGAGUUGAAGAAUGCCCACAUGGAGACCAUGGCAAAACUGGAAAGUAUGUAUCAGAACAAGCUGUAUUUAAAAGGAGUACAGGCCUUGGAUAAGACGAAUGACACUUCUCCAAAGUGCUGUAGGCCAACUUGGGACAAGAGUUCAUAUCAGCCUCUUAACCUGCACAAAUCCUUUUCAGACUCAGACUUAAGCGAUCCCUUGGGCUCGAGCGUGUCGGACGUGUCUGAUGAAGAAUUAGUGUUUGAAGAGAACAGCAGUGAAGCUGGAUCAUCCUCGUUUGCCAAACAGCAGAUUGAAAAAAUGUGGGAUGGGUUCUGCCUGGAAGACUACAUGUCCCGUGCCAAGCACAGCCUGCCCAGCUCGCCAGCCUGCAGGAAAGCGAAAGUGAAAGCGUGGUCCCCCAGAGUCACCGUGCCCAAGCCCUUCCAGAUGACCAUCAGAGAAGCUCAGAAGAAAGAGCAGAACGUCAAAUCCAAGUCACAGAUUGAGCUGGAAAACCACUUGCUGAAGAAGCAACUGGAGGAGGAAGCAGAGUGUCAGAAAAAGUUCCGAGCCAAUCCCGUGCCCGCCACCGUCUUCCUGCCGCUCUACCGGGACAUCGUGCGGCGGAACGAGGAGCGCAGGAGGACUGUGAGGGAGAGGAGCAAGCUCAAGCUCCUGGCCACCCAAAAGCCCUUUAAGUUCAUUGAGCGAGAGAGGCAAAGGCGUGAAGCCAGGAAAAUGCAGUUAAAAGACCUUUCCCCACCUGACAAUAAAACCAAAGUGUUCAGAGCGAAACCAGUCCCCAGAUGUGUUUAUAGUCCAGAUUUCCAUGACAAGGUAAAGGAGGAGGAGCUCUGCAGGGAAAUCAGGAUCAGGAUGAGAGCUGAGGAGCUGCUACAAAAUUCAUCUGUACCCAACAGCAGACUGGCCUCAAAAGAGACCAACAAAAAGAAGAAACACAAGAGCACUGAACCAAAGCAAAUGGAGCACAAACUCAAGAUCAAAUCGAGCGUUCCCGAUUUUGAACUCCUCCAUGAGAAAUUCCAGAAACGCCUCCUGCGCCAAAAAAAAGUGAAACCCCUCACGGUCUGUGAGCCUUUCGACCUUUGUACUUCAUACAUUCCCUCAAAAAAGGACAAGAUCUUGAAGGACAUGCAAGAGGAUGAGGAGAAUUUGAAGGAAACACGGUGGCCCUUUGCCUCUCCGAGACGGAAGCCUCAGAUGGGGCAGUCAGGGGUAAAGCCACCACUCCUGGGAGAAGGAAAAUCCAGAGCUCCCAAAACCACAGAAUCCACCAGACGACGGCUGCAAGCCCUAAGGAACAACGAGAAGCAGAGAAGGCAGGAAUAUUUGCAAGAAUUGCAAGAAAUGGAAGAAAGAGUAAAACAAAUGCCACUGCUUUUUGAAAGAGUCACUCAGAAAAAUGCCAGAAUAGCUGCAGAAAAGUAUUAUUCAAACAGACUGAGAGCACUGGGGAUCUGCCCAGAGUUUGUUUCAAAGAAAGGAGGAGCAGCCAAAUCACUGCAGUUCUCCACUGCUGGAGAUGUCACCUCCAUUGCUGGCAGAGCAAGAGUCACCAAGGUUAAAAUGAAGAAGAUGGAAUUAUUUGAGGAAGCAGCUGGUGGCAGUCCCCAGUCUGAGCAGUCCUGGGAGGAGGAGGAGGAGGAAGAGGAGGGAAAAGGUGUCAAAACCUCCACCCCAGAUGAGCAGGGCAGUGACCUGGAGGAUGGGGGUGAGGCCAGAGGCAGCCCUGGUGUCCUUGAGCCUGAAUCCAGCUGGCACAGUGACCAGGAGGAGGAGGAGGAAGCCAAGGCAGACCUGUCACUUGGCCAUUCCCAGGAGGAGGAGGAAGAGGAGGAGGAAGAGGAAGCAAAGGCAGGCCCAUCAUACGGUCAUUCCCAGGAGGAAGAGGAGGAGGAAGAAGCAAAAGCAGGCCCAUCUCUGGACCAUUCCCAGGAGGAGGAAGAGGAGGAGGAAGCCAAGGCAGGCCCAUCCUGUGGCCAUUCCCAGGAGGAGGAGGAAGAGGAGGAUGAGUGCAGACCCAGGUCAGAUGGGUCCCAUGAAGAGGAAGCUCAGUCUGACCCUGAAGCUGAGGGUGCCUUUCAGUAUGAGGAUGAGGAGUAUGAGAGUGAUGAUUCUGAGGAGGAGGCCAGUGAUGAGGAAGGGCACUGAGGAAGGGCUGGGGCUCAGGAACCCCUUCCACUGCUGGCUGUGCUUUUUGAAGCAUUUUUUGUAUUUGCAAUAUUGCUUCCUCCAGAAACCAUCCCCUCCUGUCCAGAGUCAUCACAACACCAAGCAGGUUAUGUUCCCUUUUCCUCUCCGGAAAAAUUAUUACAUCAUGA